AUGGAUACCGACAAUGGCCGGAGUAGCGGCCCUCCUGUGGAUGUCGGCUCUUCAAAAGCCACACCUGACUCGACAGGCUUGCUGAGUAUGGAAUCGGAGUCGAAAGAUAACCCUCUGACGGAGUCCACAACAUCGACCAAGCACCAUGGCCAAAACAGCCCCGUGAAGCCGGGCAAGACGGAGACAGAUAAAGGCUCUUCGCCUCGCUUCGGGCAAUCUACACGUUCUUCUAGCCGACCCGCCCGCAGAUUCAGCGGCAGCACCGCUGCCAGCACCGCCGCCAGUUCCACCAGCGAGAUGGAGACCAAUACCCCGAGACCCUGGAGGAUCGGUGUGUGCGCCUUGGAUGUCAAAGCACGUAGCAAGCCAAGCCAAAAUAUCCUGACAAGACUUCAGUCUAAGGGCAAUUUUGAGGUCAUUGUCUUCGGCGACAAGGUCAUUCUCGAUGAGGCCGUGGAGAACUGGCCCGUCUGCGAUUUUUUGAUUGCGUUCUUCUCGGAUGGAUUUCCUCUAGACAAAGCGAUCGCAUAUGCCAACUUGCGGAAGCCGUUCUGCGUCAACGAUCUGCCGAUGCAGAAGGUGCUUUGGGAUCGUCGGCUGUGUCUCAAAAUACUGGACCAAAUGGGAGUUCCUACUCCCAAGAGAAUGGAGGUAAACCGCGAUGGUGGGCCAAUUCUGGAAUCACCGGAGCUAGCCCAGCAUAUAUACAACCUCACAGGAGUGAAAUUGGAGGGUCCGGAGGAUGGCACCGGCGGUGGCGCCCCAAAGACUCAGCAAGUCUCAAUGUCAGAAGACGGGGAAGCUCUGGUGGUGGACGGCAAAGUCCUCCGGAAGCCCUUUGUGGAAAAGCCGGUUAAUGGCGAGGAUCAUAACAUUCACAUUUACUUCCCCAAUGAUCAACAAUAUGGCGGCGGAGGACGCAAAUUGUUCCGUAAAGUCGGGAACAAAAGCUCAGAAUACGACCCAACUCUGUCUGUGCCUCGGUCUCUGACCGAGUCAGGGACAAGCUAUUUGUACGAGCAAUUCCUACGCGUGGACAAUGCCGAGGACGUGAAAGCGUACACAGUCGGGCCCAAUUUCUGCCAUGCCGAGACGCGCAAGUCCCCCGUGGUUGAUGGGCUUGUCAGACGUAACACCCACGGAAAGGAGCUGCGGUACAUUACAAAAUUAAGCCAGGAAGAGGCAGCGAUUGCCUCCAAAAUCUCGAAUGGUUUCGGACAGAGAAUCUGCGGAUUUGAUAUGCUUCGUGUUGGAGAUAAAAGCUACGUCAUCGAUGUCAAUGGCUGGAGCUUCGUCAAGGACAAUAACGACUAUUACGACAAGUGCGCUAAUAUCCUCGGAGACACUUUCUUAGUCGAGAGGCGAAAGUACGAGGGAUCGAUAGAGCGUUCCGAACCGCCUUCACCGGAUAUGGGUUCAUCACGGAAAAGCACGGCCAGCUCUCACCGACAGGCCUUGAAAACGCUUCUGAAGUCUCCAAGUACCUCUCGACUUCACAAAUCCCACGAACCAGCUCCUUCGGAUGCAUCGACUGGUGCCCCCUCGUUGGCAUCAUCCUCAGGCAUUGAGAGCACUGAUCUCGGUAUCACUCUCAGCAAAUUGAACUCUCGCGAUGGGCGCUCCGAUUCCCGGGGGUAUAGUCCCUCUAACACAAAGUCCCCGGCCUUAUCACUGCAUCAUCCUAAUGAUGGAGCUCCUCCACCACUUCCUGCUUCGAAGCAUUCGUGGAAAUUGAAAGGCAUGGUGGCAGUCAUUCGACAUGCGGAUCGCACUCCGAAGCAAAAGUUCAAGUUUACAUUCCACAGCCAGCCAUUUGUAGAUCUUCUGAAAGGUCACCAGGAAGAAGUGGUGAUCAAAGGAGAGGCUGCUUUGUCAAGUGUCUCCAAUGCAGUGAAGUUGGCAAUGGAACAAGGGUUGGAAGAUAUGGAGAAGCUUAAGCUGCUUAGUACUUCUCUUGAAAAGAAGGGCGGAUGGCCUGGAACGAAGGUACAGAUUAAACCCAUGUUCCGGAAGCGGAGGCCGGAAGAGAUGCGAGAGCAGGUAUCACCUACUACACCCACAGCACCGCCGGGCGAAGUAGCCUCCGAGGAGCCUCUUUCGCCCGUAGUCAGCGAGCCUGCGCACGAUAACGACCCAUUUGGCAGGCCCCAAACGCGGAGCGACUCAAUUUCCGGUGCCACUUUCUCUCGAUUCUCGGCUGUGGAGAAUGACCUGAUCCUAGACAAACUCCAACUUGUCAUCAAGUGGGGAGGAGAACCCACGCAUGCAGCGCGUUAUCAAUCCCAGGAUCUUGGAUUGAACAUGCGCGAUGACCUCAAGUUGAUGAAUAAGGAGGCCCUGAACAACGUUCGUCUGUUCACAAGUUCUGAACGGAGAGUGAGCACCAGUGCUCAAAUCUGGGCUUGUUCGUUCCUCGACCAGAAGGAAAUACCCGAGGACUUCAUUCAGGUCCGAAAGGAUCUUCUAGAUGACUCUAAUGCUGCGAAAGAUGUCAUGGAUAAGGUCAAGAAGAAGCUGAAGCUGCUUUUGCGAGAAGGGUCCGCACCCUCACAAUUUGCUUGGCCUAAAGAUGGAAAUAUUCCGGAGCCUUCGGUUGUCCUUGCUACAGUGGUGGCCCUCAUGAAGUUCCAUCGAAGUGUGAUGCGCCACAACUUUGAGAAAUUGGACCUGAGGGACUCACAGCCCUCACCAACCGUUAAAAAUCCCGAGGACAUUGGUCUGUGCAGUCAGCCAGAGACACAGCCGGAUCUGCACAACAUUUCGACAAUCCAGGGGCGUUGGUGCGCCGGAGAAGACCCGCGUCUCUUCAAAGAGAGAUGGGAAAAGCUUUUUGCAGAAUUUUGUGACACUGAGAAGGUGGAUCCCAGCAAACUGUCUGAGCUUUAUGACAGUAUGAAAUUUGAUGCACUCCACAAUCGGCAGUUCCUGGAAUGGAUCUUCAUGCCCCCUGACAGUGACCGCGAGGAAGACGAUAAGUGCAGUGUCAAGGGAAAGAGCUCCACAAGUUCCGAUUCAACCACAGAAAGCACCAAGACUGGCCUUGACCCUGCAAACGAAAAGAUCGAUGAGCGCACGGAUAAUUCGAUAUUUGCCCAUCGGUUCGGAUGGAAAAAGCGACUCCAAGCAAUCGAGUCACUACCACAACUUCGAGCACUGGAUGAUUCAUAUGACCAUUAUUUCAAGCUCUUCCCGGGCUCUAGCUCAAGCAAGUGCAAGAUGGACGAGCGACUUUCUAAGCUCCGUGAACUGUACAAACUGGCGAAGGUUCUGUUCGACUACGUGACACCUCAGGAAUACGGCAUCACCGACAGUGAGAAGCUUGAGAUCGGCCUUCUUACGUCGCUUCCUCUCCUUCAAGAAAUCGUUCGUGACCUAGAAGAAGUUCAGGCAUCUGCGGAUGCGAAGUCUUUCUUCUACUUCACGAAAGAGUCCCAUAUCUACACACUUAUGAAUUGUAUUUUGGAGGGUGGGAUCCAGACAAAGAUCGCUCGGAGCGCUAUUCCGGAGCUUGACUAUCUCUCCCAGAUCUGUUUCGAGCUAUACGAAGCACGAGAUGCCGAAUCAGAAGUUAAUUCCUACUCGAUCAGGAUUUCCAUCAGCCCUGGCUGUCACGCUUUCGACCCGCUUGACGUGCAACUUGAUUCGCGGCACGCUAUCGGUUGUGCUCCUCGGCGCAGCUUGACUGCCCAUCAAGACUGGAAGGAAGUGAUUGAAACGCUGAAGGCAAAAUUUGAUACGGUCAAACUCCCGAAAUCAUUCAUUGCCGUCAACUUAAGUGACAAGCAUGUUUCUAACCGAUCAGAGGAGCAGGAGCGUGUCUAG